CGUGAUUUCAAACUUCCAGUCCCAAAAUGCUCCGUGUCUGAGCGCAAACAAGAGCGCGGCGCUGUAACCCGAGGAGCGGAGGCUUCGCAGGGAACAAAGUGGAAAUGACAGACUGAGGAGGACCGACGGAUUUUUCCUGUCAGCGCACAACUACAGACAUCUCAUGCCGACGAUGAAAAAAUGGCAUCUGGAAGAGAACCGCCUUUCCGUCGUGUUGGUAGUCUAAUGCGGAGUAAAUCUGAGGGGACACUGAUUGACCUGGAUGAUAAUGUCUCAACAAGCAAUGGAGCCCCACAGAACUCUGAGUGGCCACCACUACAGUCAGAAAGUGCUCAACUGUCGCAGACAAACAAUCCCUUCUGGAACAAACUCUCGGGAUCAAACCCUUUCUUAGAUGAUAUUUUAUGCAGCAGCGCAGACAAACACAUUGCCAACACAUCCGCCGCAAUACAAGACAACAAGAAACACGUGGACACAAAUAACGGUGACGCCGUCAGCACGUCCUCAGAUGAAGGCAACGUGGGGAACUUUUUGGAGAACAAACACAAAGUCACCAACAGAUCUGGAAGAUGGAGGAGUGCUUCGGACAUCUUGGAUGCUCUGGAGAGAAAAGAGCCGAAACAUGAGGACAGUUUCAAAAUGCCCGGGCCUGUGCUGAAUCCAGACUUUGAGUGGCUGAAGAAUGACAGAGAGGCCUAUAAGAUGGCCUGGCUGAGCCACCGGCAGUUAACCCGCUCAUGUCUGGACUUAAAUGUGAUGAGCCACAGUCCUGGAUGGGCUCAGACCCAGGCCUCUGGCUUUCAGGUUAUAUGCAAGAUCGGUCACACGGGAGGAUCGGUCCAGUUACCGGACUCAGGAGUUAGUAUUCAUAUACCAGAAGGCCAUGUUCCACCUGGAGAAGUCCAGGAAGUGACACUGAAAGCAAUGUUAGACCCUCCUCCUGGACUCAACAACAACUACACGACGACCAUGAGUCCGCUCCUCGAGGUGGUUCUCAGCAACAUCAACACAAAGGCGAGCAUCUCUCUGGAAGUGAAACUGUCUGGAGAGGUGAAGAGUGACCCGCUGAGUCAGACGAUGACCACUGUGGCCGGACUAGUGUCCAACAAAAGAGAGGGGCCAUAUCAGAAAGUGGACGACUGUUACAUUUACAAGAACAUGAUGCAGAUGAAGCUCCAGUACUUGAAAACGCAUUUUUAUGUGAUCGCAGUGGCAGAAGCCUCUGCAGUUCAGUCACCUGCCACGUCAGUAUGGGAUUACCUUGACCGCCAAAUCACUGUGGCAGUUUAUGGACCCAGGUUCAUCCAUCCAUCAUUCAAAGUUGUAAUAGUGGUUUGCUGUCACGAGGACAUUCCACCAAAGCUACCUUUUUCAGAUAUAUGCAGAGGCAACAAAAACCUGCCUCCUCUCGUGUUGCAGCUGUGGGGAAAACACCGAUUUAAACCGGACAAACUGAGGGACCUGCACGUCAGCGUUAGCGUCACGGGCUCAUCGUUUAAAAUCAAACCCGAGGACAAACUGAAAGAAGUGAGGCAGAGCCAGCUCAAAAUAGGGACAGUUUUAAAUCUGCCAGUUGCAGUAUCUUGCCCUGGUAAUACAGAAAUGUCCCCCUUUAAAUUAGAUCUACACGUGAAGGAAUCAAACAGUGCGACCGCUGCACAUUUCCAGCUGUCCUCCCCUCCUGCACCACCCACCCGAGCAGAAAAGCGGGUGUCAAGGCAGCUAGAAAGACGGCCUGAAAUACCACGAGCCUCACCCAUUCCCGAGGAAAAUGUUCCAGAUUUACCUACGUUUGAAGACAAACCCGUGAGCCUGCAGUGGUAUGGUGUAGCCCUUAAAUCAGUUCUCCGUCAGCCACGCGUAGACUACCUCCUGGAGUACUUCAAGGGGGACACCGUUGCUCUCCUUUCAAGGGAGACCGUUAGGUCAGUGGGCAACACAAAAGUCAAAGAGUGGUAUAUUGGAUUUCUGCGAGGCAGGACUGGGUUGAUUCACUGCAAAAACAUCAAGCUCAUCACCAGAGACCAGGUGAUCGACUUCACCGGCAUUCAGAUCACCACCGAGGUCCUCUUGGACAACAUGACGCUGCCCUUCAAGAAGCUCACCUACAUGUACUCUGCCAUCCAGACACUGGUCACAGAGCACAUCAGCAGCUGGAGAGCUUUCGCUAAUGCUUUGGGCUACAGCGGCCUGUCACUGGACGCCAUCACAUGGAGGCAGCCAGAGAGCGAAGGUGACAAGGUGGCCUGUGUUCUGGAAAAGCUGAAGGAAGACUGUCACACUGAGCGCGGCAGGAGGAAGUUUUUGCACGAACUCAUGGUGGGCCUGCUUAAGAUGGACUCUGUGAAUGUAGCGGCUCAGCUGAUUCAGAACACCGUCAUCCUGUCCACCGCCGUGGAGCUCGGGGUUCGUUGGCGGGAGCUCGCCGAGAAGAUGGGAAAACUCUCCAGUGCUCAGAUAGCAGGCUACGAGUCACCGCACCGAGGGAAAAAUGGAGACAUCGGUGCUCAGUGCAUGUGGAAGCCGGCCUAUGACUUCCUGUACUCCUGGAGUCUGAAUUACGGAGACAGCUACAGAGACUUGAUCCAGGACCUGCACCUGGUUCUGGACAAAAUGAAAAACCCCGUUACCAGACAGUGGAGGCAGCUGACCGGUGCCCUCAUCACAGUGAACUGCCUCGAUAUCUUUCGAGGCUCUGCGUACCCAAAAAGCUAAAAAGCGCUGUAGUGAUGACGUCAUCCUCCACGCACUUGGUAAUGACAGAGACGGACAAAGAGAGGGUUUGUUACGCCACAGAUAAAGAUGUUACUUUUUUUUUUGACUUUACAAAUAACUGAAAUUCUGUCAGGUUGUUGCACUGUAUCUCCAGACCUCACUCGGUGAGUAAACAGUAUGUUCUCACAAUUAUUGCGCCGUGAAGGACUCUCAUUUCAUCGCGCAAUAACGUCUCUCUGCCCGUGCCAGUGAAAUAGAGACGAUCAUUUUCAGUUUUUGAAAAUGCCGUCCUGCAAAAAUGUUUAUCAACUUUCUAAAUACUUCCUUUACAAAAAAAGUUAAAAAGACACAAGGUACAGUUCUUGACCUGAUAAGUUCACAGCAUCGUGUUAGUCUGUCCAUUCAUCCCACUUCUGCAAAAAAUGCAACAAAAACAUGCAUUUUGGACUCAAAUGUGACAUGUUUAGGUUUUGGAAUUUGAAAGUCAAGAAGGUCACUGGAACCUCACGUCUGUUCCAUUGUUUUAAACUCGUAUGUAACAUUUACAAGAAACAGUGACAUACAGAAUUUAUAAUAAUAUCAGGAGAUGCCAUGACAUCUGACACAAGCAUCCACUUGAAGUGGUUAACAUGUGUUGGUCAAAUCAGUGUCAAAGUCACAAAAAUCACCAUUACUUAACGUAUUACUGUAACAGAGAGCAUUGGCAGUAGUAUUUUUUCUGCAAAUGAGUCAUUAAUGUGAACACUGUUGUCAGUAAACGACCUCCAGGGUUGAAAUAUGUGAACUUGUCUUAACUAUAAGAGUGUUUUGCUGAAAAGUCAGUUAUUCUAAAGUGAAGCACGCCUUUUCGUUUUCCCGUUGCCAGUAAACCAACUAUAAAGAUGCUAUUUUACUCUACUUGUGUCAUAAGCUGUUGCAUAUUUGUUAUUUUUCAUUCCGUCGUGUAAUAUUUGUUUUAUAUUUGUACAAAUCAGAUGAUUUAAUGGGGUAUAAAAGAUAGAUGUUUUUAUAGCGAAAUGAAAACUUCAGUAUUUAGAGUGGUGUUGUUUAGACUACACUGUGCCUUCAGUCACAGAAAUUGUAACUCAGAUUGAUGUCGAACACUGAAACGGCGAUGUUUGGCAUGAGAUAUGAAUGAAUAUUCAUUAUUUUAUCUCUAAAUAAUGAUAGCAGCUACCAUUAAAAUUCACGAUGUGCACGUUAAUCACAAAACUGCUUAAAAUGUCAUGUAUUUUAUUAUUUUUUGUAUGCCUAAGAAGUUGUGACAUUUGUACAUUCUGAAUUUUAGUCGUGUUAAAUCCCGUAUUUGAAAAUAAUGCCUCCUGCAGUCCCAUUGAUUUGUCCGUGUGUUUGCUUUUCUCGACACUGUUUGUUUAAGCAAGUUUCAGCUGAGAGCACUGUGUGUUGGUUCUCUAUCAAACAAAGCACAGAAAACCCAAACUGACUUUGCCUUGGCUCACUGAGAGCACCUCGGGAAAAGUAAAUCAAAUAAAGAAAACGGUAUCAACUGA